GAUUGCGCAAUUAAAGAAAACUGUGUAAAAGAAAGGGAAGCUGCUUUUUCAACACUAAACAGGCCCACAUUAUUUCCUAAAGCCGCGACUUGAAGCCUGACUCAAGUACCGCCUUCUUCAACCAACGAGACGAAAUGCUAUCGAUUGGUACUUGCAAUAUUUUUUCAGGCUCGGCGUAAAGAUAGUGGAUUGCGGCUCUGUGUCAUAAGCUAGGCAACCUUCCUCCUGCGUAAGGACGGCCUUCUGGGAUGUCAAUGCCAGCCGCAAGCCCGAUGACCGUUCUCAGUGAUGUCGAAAAGGUCACUUCAGCGGAUUGGGAGGACGAAGCUGUGGCCAAGGGACUAUACACCAGCAAGCAUGAAGCUCUACCUCCAGUUGAAAGGUCCUCUGCGGGCGCCCCAAGCGUUCGCAAUGCGACCGCAGCAAUUCGGUCGUCUUUUUCAGCUAGCAGACGGCUUCUGCGCCGUAACUCGACGGUUGAGCCCUCAACUCCCAAAGGAGGCCCCGGCAAGGGUGGCGGACGCGAGGGCACUGGGCUCGUGGGGACGCUCUUGCACGGGCUCGCGAAUGCAGUCGGAUUGAACCGCGAUCAUUCGCCUGCAGCUCAUUCACCUGCAGUUAGUGAUGUAAGCUUCUCUGAAAACAGCGUGCGCAGCAAGCUGGCCACCAGCCAGUCCCGCAGACUUGCCCGUUUGAGCAGUGCGGCAACGAUGCGCACCGAGUUGCAAAACUACGGCCAAUUUAGCGACCUGCGAAAUGACAGCUUCUCCUCUCCCUCAGCCGCCAAACUCAUGCGGCGCUCCUCACUGCUUGCGCGGGCAAUGGAGGCCAACGCCUCCGUCUCCUUGCCCCGACCGCCCGGCUUUCCACGGCUCAACUCGGACAACCUUUCGCAACCCGGCUCCCCAAGCCGACCCGCUGCCUCCUCCAGCGGCUCCGUACAGCGCGCCACAGCGCCCGGCAUGCUUAUCACCCGGGAUGUCCCUUUCGUGUCUCCCCCGCCUCGCGACUUACGGCCCACAAAGUCCCCCGCCGGUCCCAAAACACCCUCCGCCAGCGCUGUUCCCGGCCUGGACCGAGACUCCACCACACCGCUGACGGCCGCUGCGCUGGCUUCCGCAACCGUACCCGCCCCCUCCGCACCGCCCCCGCCCUCUCCACGGUCCUUCUUAGGACCGCUCAUCCGGCAGGCCUCCUCGCUGCUUCAACCCACCAGCCGUAGCCCGCAUCCGCCCUCUCAGCCACCACCACCUCCUCACCCACGACACUUCGGUAACAUCGACACUCCUGCCAUCCUAGCCACCCCAACCACAUCCAUCUCCGGCCAAGCAGAUCUCCUUCGGCCAGCGGUCUCUCCUUCGACCGCUGCUCCCUGGCCUGCUGGGAACCCCGUAGCAGCAGCACCACCAGCAUCAGCUCCCGCCCCAUUCCUCGACCCGCACUCUCCCUCAGGCUCCCGACCGUGCAGCGCAGAGCACCUGCCGCGCAUGGGGCCGCUGCCCGUGCAGCGCCUAAACAGCGUUCGAGACCGUCCUCCCACUCCCCGCAGCCGCCGGACUUCCCACACUGGCUCCGGCUCCGCCUCACCGCAGCCGCCGCCGCCCUCCACUCUCACCCGGGUACUCAACUCCUUCCGUCUUCCGGAUAUCAUCAUCGAAGGCGGAGGCCCUGCCGCCGCCGUAUCUGGCAAGUCGUAUACGGAGCGUAGCGCCCAUGGUGGCGGAGGCGGAGGCGGCGGUACCCUGUCGUUUACACGUGGCGGGGAUGUCAGCAUGACGCAGAGGCUGAGCAGCAGCAACCCCCGCGGCGGUUCGUCUUCCUCGGUUCCCGGCAACAGCCAACAGGGGGCUCCGGGGGCGGUACGGCCCAGCGGAGGGUCGUUUCUGACGCCCAGCGGCGGCAGCAUUAUAGGGCCCGGGGGUGCUGCCAUUCAAGCGUCGGCGGCCCGUCGAGCGGCUGCUGCUGCGGCAGCGGCGGCGGGUAGGGGCGGCUCGACGCCGCAGGUUUCUGGUUCCGGAGCUUCAGCGACUGGGAUUGUGAGACCGUCGGCUCCCUCUUCACUGGCGGGCGGAGUGCCACCAACAGCGACGGCGGUGACGGUGGCGGCGGCCGCGGCUGGUAGUAGUAAGGCCUCUGCGCCUCCGUCGCCGACGGCGAUGAGGAGCAGCUGUGUCGUGCAGCAGGUCCAGCCUGAUGAGGACUCCGCCGCUCUGGCAGCCGUGGAUGCGGAGUUCGACCGGCGCUUCCGCCAGUGUGCAAAUGCAUCCGCACCUCCAGCCGUCACCCCAUGCUUGUCGCCGGGAGCCGCUCAGCUGCAAAGGCUGCAGCAACGUGAAUACGGCGCAGCGGCUCCCGUUGUUGCCCCGACACAAGCGCCCCGGACACCCGGUUCCGCACGUCGGGGUGUUGGUUGUGGUGGUGGUUGGCAGAGCGACAACUACAUGGAGGGUGGCUGUGGUGGUGGUGGUGGUGGUGCAGGCCGCAUCAGCAACUCCGGUGGGCUUUGUGGGGUUGCGCGCAUCAGCAACUCCGGAGGUGUUGCUGGUGUUGCGGUCUGUGUUGGUGGCCGCGUUAGCAACAGCGGCGGUGUUGGCAUUGCCGGCCGAAUCAGCAGCAGCGGCUACGCUGGUGCUGGUGGCAGCGGUGGUGUCGUGGUGAUUGGCGGCCGAGUCAGCAGCAGCGGUUGUGGGAGCGAGGCGAGCGGGCUCCGACCGCCCUUCGCGUCCCAUGACGGCGCGCCCUCCCCGCCCGCGCCCUCCAUGAACGCCAAGAUGAAGCUCGCCAGCAUUCGUAUGUCAUGCGUGGAGGGCUUGGUAAGCGGGCCCAACACCUGUAGGGUGUCUCAGGACGGGCAUGCGCUUAGCGUGAUCCCUCCCUCGCCGCGUGGGGUCCUGUCGGCGCUGACAAUGUCCCCGGCUUCGACGCCCGGGCAGCCGCAGCCGCCGCUGCUGCAGCUGCCGGCGGCGACAGCGGCCGCGGCAUCUGCCGGCCCUGCAUCAGCGCUACCGGGGGUGUCGCCGCGUGACACUCGUGCAGCGCAAUGGUGAGCUGCAUGUCGUCGUCCGGGUGAGCGUGUGGUGUGGCCUUGUGAGUGAUGAGUGUCUGAAUGGGAAGCACUGGAAGAUUUCGGAGGGGG